UUGAACCUCCUUGAAGCUAUCAGUCUUGGUGUUGUAGAUUCUCACUCUGGUCUUGUUGUCAAUCCAGAAACAGGCGAUCAGAUUGGUAUAGAAGAGGCCGUUGCUAAGGGAAUCAUUGAUGGUCAAAAUACAGUUCUGAAGGAUGCCAGUGGGAAGCAAAUGUCUCUCUCAGAAGCUAUUGCAAAGGGCAUUGUGAAUAAGGUGACUGGUCAGGUGAGAGAUGCAAGUGGUCAAAGCAUGAGUAUGAGUGAUGCUGUUAUGCAUGGUGUGAUUGAUGUAGAUUCAAUAACAAGUGUAUCUAUUGAGGAAAUGAUAUCUCAGGGAAAUUAUGAUGUGAGUAAAGGCACACUCAGGGACCCAAAGUCUGGGGAUGAUAUUACCAUAGCAGAAGCUAUUGAACGAGGAAUGCUUGAUUCAGAUAACACAGUUGUGCGAGAUAUCCAUACAGGGAAGACAUUAAGUCUGAAGGAGGCUGUUGAUGCAGGGAUUGUGGAUCUAACAACAGGAAAAUCAUGAACUCUUCAACAGGCCGUGUCAUGGAUAUUCAAGAAGCAGUCAGUCAAGGUCUUAUUGAAACAAUACCCUCGCGCAUGAGCCUCACUGAAGCAGCUAAGGAAGGAAUAUACUUUCCUGACACAGGCAUAGUCAUUGAUCCAAAAACAGGUAAAGAAAUGAGCUUAAGAGAAGCCAUAACUAUUGGCAUUAUAGAUGCUACCAAUACAAUCUUAGCUGCGUCACUGACUGGUUCAGCAAUGUCUUUAGAAGAGGCAAUCAAUGCAGGAAUAUUUGAUACAGAAACGGGAAUCAUUGUGAAUGAGGGUAGCAACAAAAGCAGCACAUUCUCAGCUGCAAUGCACGAUGGACACAUUUUGACUCCAAAAAGCCUAACUUUACACUCAGUGAUAUUAACAGACAGGGUAAUUAUGACACUAAGACUGGUCAAGUUACAGAUCCAAGAACUGGCAAGAAAGUUACAUUAGCUGAUGCUAUAAAAUCGGGCCUCAUUGAUGCUAAACAAAGUCAGAUUUUUGAUCCUUCCACAAAUAUGGCAAUUUCACUCAAAGAUGCUGUUGCCAAAGGUGUAGUUAAUGCAAAAAGAGGAGCUCUUGUAGAUCCUAAAUCAGGAAAACUUGUCUCUUUAACAUCUGCUCUACAGGGACCAAGACAUAGUCCCACUGAUAUAAGUAUGAAGGAUGCCAUGAAAAAAGGAGUAUAUAGCAAAGAAACAG